CGCGCAAGGCUCCUGCCGCGAGCUGCCAACCCGAGGUGGACCCUAAGGGCUCAUCGCAGGACCGCGCGGACCCCUGCCCUCCGGGACACGCGGCUGCGGAGCCUCGGGGCCGCGUCUGCGGUCAGGAUGCCCUGGGCACCUCCCUGCUGGUGAGGAUGCCCUACUGCGCGGCUCCGCAUCCCCAGCCCCGGUCCCUGGUGGGCACGACUGCCUGGGCCUGGCUUCCGCCCCUCCUGCCGGUGGAUGAAGAGCGCCGGAGUCCCUGAGUGCGAUCGGCGAUCGAAUCUGAAUUCUAAGAGCCAUGGAAGGAGGCACUGGGCUGCAGCCCCAGGCGGGAGAGCAGCUGGAAGCCAGCGCCAGAGUAGGAGCGGUCCAAGAGAAGUGCGAACCCGAGACCUUUAGGUCCAAGAGUUUACCCGCCCUGAACAGCGCCUCCUGCAGGCCAGACCUGAAUCCCGCCGGAGAAGACUCCAAGCCCGCCUCCGGCCAUCAGGAGUUGAAGCCAGGCCCUGGCCCGCGGGCCCCCAGCCCCUCCGCCCCGUCUACUUCGGCAGAGACGGCAGGGCUGGUGGAAAGUCACCACAGGGUGGAAAUCGGCAAACCCAUUUCGGUGUCCUCCACUUUGGCCAUGCUCCAGGGCAGAAGGUGUCUCUAUGUGGUCCUCACCGAUUCCCGUUGUUUCCUGGUUUGCAUGUGCUUUCUGACCUUCAUCCAGGCGUUAAUGGUCUCCGGGUACCUGAGCAGUGUCAUCACCACCAUCGAAAGGCGCUACAGCCUGAAGAGUUCCGAGUCGGGGCUGCUGGUCAGCUGCUUUGACAUCGGGAGCUUGGUGGUGGUAGUGUUCGUCAGCUACUUUGGCGGCCGGGGGCGGCGGCCCCUGUGGCUGGCCGUGGGGGGACUCCUCAUCGCCCUGGGGGCCGCCCUCUUCGCUUUACCUCACUUCAUCUCGCCCCCCUACCAGAUCCAAGAGCUGAACGCCUCGGCGUCCAACUACGGCCUGUGUCAGAAUGGCAACUCCUCGGCCACGGCGGAGCCUCCCACCUGCCUCAAGGACUCGGGGGGGAACAGUCACUGGGUCUACGUGGCUUUAUUCGUUUGCGCGCAGAUUCUCAUUGGAAUGGGCUCCACACCUAUAUAUACCCUGGGACCAACCUACUUAGACGACAAUGUCAAGAAAGAAAACGCAUCCUUGUACCUAGCCAUCAUGUAUGUCAUGGGAGCACUUGGUCCUGCAGUGGGAUAUUUGUUAGGUGGACUUCUUAUUGGUUUUUACGUUGAUCCCAGAAGUCCCGUUCACCUUAAUCAGGAUGACCCUCGUUUCAUUGGAAACUGGUGGAGUGGAUUCCUCCUUUGUGCCAUUGCAAUGUUUCUUGUGAUAUUCCCAAUGUUUACUUUUCCAAAAAAGCUUCCUCCUCGACACAAGAAAAAGAGAAAGAAAAAAUACUCUCCUGAUGUUGCUGGUGACGAUGACGUUAUGAAGGAGAAACCAAACAAUUGUGAAGAAGUGGACAAAAAAGUUUCUUCUAUAGGAUUUGGAAAGGAUGUCAGAGGCGUCAUCAUUGUCCCCAGUGCCGGUGUUGGGAUUGUCCUUGGAGGCUACAUCAUAAAAAAAUUGAAACUUGGUGCAAGAGAAUCUGCAAAACUAGCGAUGAUCUGCAGUGGUGUGUCUUUACUGUGCUUUUCAACCCUGUUUAUUGUUGGAUGUGAAAGUAUCAAUCUAGGUGGCAUAAACAUCCCGUAUACAACAGGACCUUCUCUGACCAUGCCUCACAGGAAUCUGACAGGAAGCUGCAAUGUGAAUUGUGGUUGUAAAAUACACGAGUAUGAGCCAGUCUGUGGAUCGGAUGGAAUUACAUACUUUAACCCUUGUCUGGCUGGCUGUGUUAAUAGUGGUAACAUGAGCACUGGGAUAAGGAAUUACACAGAGUGUACCUGCGUCCAAAGCCGCCAAGUGAUCACGCCCCCCACAGUGGGGCAGCGCAGCCAGCUCCGUGUGGUCAUCGUCAAGACGUAUCUCAAUGAGAACGGCUAUGCUGUGUCUGGGAAGUGUAAACGGAGCUGUAACACCCUCAUCCCGUUCUUAGUUUUCCUGUUCAUAGUGACCUUCAUCACAGCAUGUGCCCAGCCGUCAGCCAUCAUAGUCACUCUCAGGUCUGUAGAAGAUGAAGAGAGACCUUUUGCCCUGGGAAUGCAGUUUGUUUUGUUGCGAACACUUGCGUACAUUCCUACUCCGAUCUACUUCGGAGCCGUCAUUGACACCAGCUGCAUGCUCUGGCAGCAGGAGUGUGGCGUGCAGGGCUCUUGCUGGGAGUACAAUGUCACAUCGUUUCGUUUUGUCUAUUUUGGUUUGGCAGCCGGCCUCAAAUUUGUUGGCUUCAUUUUUAUUUUUUUGGCCUGGUACUCCAUUAAAUACAAGGAGGAAGAACUGCAGAGGCAGAGGUGGAGAGAAUUCCCUCUGAGCACCGUGAGUGAGACGGUGGGCCACACCGACAGUGCCGAUAAGUCUGUCCGGACUAGAUCUUGCCCGGCUUUCAGCACCCAGGGAGAACUCCACGAAGAGACUGGUCCGCAAAAAGGGAUCCAGUACACAGCACAGACCUAUCCGGGGCCCUUCCUAGAAGCAAUAAGUUCCUCCCCAGACCCGGGGCUGGAAGGAAGCCCUGAUGCCAUGUAGCCUCCCUUCUGAAGCUUGAAAACGGAAGACUUUUGUGGGUUGAGUUGAAUAUGGCGACUUGAGAAACACCCGUGCCUUCUUUUCUUUCUUUCUUUUUUUAACCUCUAAAGACGCAAUCCUGAAACCAACAAAACUCAGUAUACACAGCCACUGUUGAUUGAGGGCUGGAUACCUCAACAAGACUGAGCCUUUCCCCCCUUCUCUCCAAGAAGGAGGAGUUUAGAUAGAUUUGUUACCGUUUCUGAGAUGUUAAUUUUGAUGCUUAUGCUCCAAUAUGGUAUAAGGCUGGGUGCGUGAUUAACAAAGUCAUGGGAAAUGCGAUGGCGGUGCAUGUCAUCAGCGUGCACUCUGAACAAGGGUGAGCUUGACCAUGAUUUUGCAUUUACAAAGCAGAGUUUUUAGAUGUGAACACAUACUGUGAGUCCUGCUACAAAGCACAAAUGAAUUUGCCUCAACUAUGCAAUUUGAUUGGGAAACUGUAAGUGCAGCAUGUUACUUUUGGUGUCAGAGACUAACGCAGAUACGGUUCUGAAAUUAGGAAGCUAAACUUUCCUUAAAGUACUGUUAAUAGCAUUUUAAGCCAUAGCAGAGCUAAAAAUCAGGUAGAACUUUUCAAAUGCUUCAAAGGAACCAUAAGCGUAGCGUGAAAAAGGGAACAGCUACUUCGUUUCAUAAGACACAUUCUCUUUUAGUCUAUCUGCCCCACCGUAAAGGAGUUAAAGAAGCUGCUGAAUCAUGAACCUGAGAGCUUGAAUAUCAACUUCAGGGUUCUUUCAUAAGGGGCUUUAACACUCGUGUGCUAAACAAUAUGGCUAGAAACUAUCAUUUGAGAUGCAUAAUAAGGAAAGAAACUGAUGGCUUUCUCAUCCAAAGAAAA